AUGGAGCUUCAAAAUCUUAUGGCUGGUGGUGGUUUCAGCAAUGUUGGUGGUGUAGGUUUCGUAUAUGGUGCUGGGUACGGCAAUGGAGUUGGUGGUGGGGGUUUUGGAGGUGGUUUUGCUUUCGACAAUGUUGGUGGUGGUGGUUUUGGAGGUGGUUUUGCUUUCAGCAAUGUUGGUGGUCGUGGGUUUGGAGGUGGGGUUGGCUUCAACAAUGGUGAUGGUGGGUUUGGAGUUGGUGGUGGCUUCGAUAUUGGUGGUCGUGGUGAUGAUGGUGUUUCUGGUGGAGGUGGUGAAGCUUUCGGCAAUGGAGGGGGAGGGGGAGGUGGUGAAGCUUUCAGCAAUGAUGAUGGUGAUGCUUCGGCAAAUGGAUAUCAUGUUUAUGCUUUGGCCAAUGAUGAUGAUGUUGCUCAUUCUUCGGUCAAUGUGGAUGAAGAUGAUGAUCAAGGUGCUAUGGCCAGUGGUGGAGGCGACGAUCUUAUAACAAUGAUGAUGUUGCUAGAUUUAUUUGAUGUCCGGCGGUGA